CGUCGAUCCGUUCCGCCUCGUUCGCUUUCAUUUCCAGCAACUUUUUGACCACACGGCAGGUUCCAGCAUUAAAUGGUCAACACCUGGCUUCUACUUGCUUUGCUCCCUGCACACCUCUCUUUUACCUGAUAGACGUAGACCUGCGCCAUCCGUUCCCUCAGCUCCAGCGCUGUAUCAAAAUACACGAGCCCUCUAUACACACCCCCGACUCGCCGCCGCAGCCUGCGAACAUUCGAGAAUACCUAUUCGAGCAUACUACAAGAGACCGAAUAAACACGUCCGCAACUCCUUACACCGAUUGUUGCCGUUGAACAAAGCUCUUUCACCAUGUCCAGUGCUACAAUUGACGCCGAUGACGUCCUUGAACCGUCCCUGCAAAACCUCCUCGACCAGAAGUCACUGCGAUGGAUAUUCGUGGGAGGCAAAGGUGGUGUCGGCAAGACGACGACCUCGUGUUCUCUAGCCAUCCAAAUGGCCAAAGUACGCAAAUCAGUCUUACUCAUUUCGACGGACCCGGCGCACAACCUGAGCGACGCAUUCAGCCAAAAGUUCGGCAAGGACGCACGAUUAGUCGAAGGCUUUACAAAUCUCAGCGCCAUGGAAAUCGACCCCAAUGGCAGCAUCAACGACCUGAUCAGCGGGGCGGGAGACGAGGCACAGGAUGCCAUGGCAGGGCUCGGCGGGAUGGGAAACAUGAUGCAAGAUCUUGCCUUUAGCAUUCCCGGUGUCGACGAAGCAAUGUCUUUUGCAGAAGUCCUCAAACAAGUCAAGUCGCUUUCGUACGAGGUGAUUAUCUUCGACACCGCUCCCACGGGCCAUACUCUACGCUUCCUUCAAUUCCCGACCGUCCUUGAAAAGGCUUUGGCCAAGAUCUCUCAGCUGUCUAAUCAGUUCGGUCCCAUGCUACAGUCGGUGAUUGGGGCCAGAGGCGGGCUUCCCGGCGGUGGGAGUCUCGAGGAGUUGACGCAGAAACUGGAGACGUUGCGGGAAACUAUCGCCGAAGUCAAUGGCCAGUUCAAGAAUCCUGACAUGACCACCUUUGUCUGUGUCUGCAUAGCUGAGUUUUUGUCGUUGUACGAGACCGAACGGAUGAUUCAGGAGUUGGCCAGCUACCACAUCGACACCCAUUGUAUUGUCGUCAACCAGCUUUUGUUCCCGGAAAAGGACAACAACUGCAAACAAUGCAAUGCCAGGAGAAAAAUGCAGAAGAAGUAUCUGGAUCAGAUCGAGGAGCUGUACGAUGACUUCAACAUUGUCAAGAUGCCUCUCCUGACUGAUGAAGUCAGAGGGGUGGAAAGCUUGAAGAGUUUCUCGGAAAUGCUGGUCCAUCCCUAUCAACCACCCGCAGGCUCGUGAGACAUGCAGUUGAGACGGAGGUAGUUUAUUGCCUUGAAGUUUGGUCCAUCACAUCAUCUUCAACGUGUGGCAUCGUGUUGCGUUGCAUUGCAUGUGACUGUUUCUCAUGAUUAGCGAAUUAGUGUUGUUGGUGGUUUAGCGGUGUGAAGCGAAGCGGAGCAGAGCAGAGCGAUGGCGGUGCGAGAGAGCGGUUGCGGUUGCGGAGACAAUACAAAAGCAGUGAAAGCAGGAGAUUACCCUAACCAUGACAAUCAUGACCAUGAAGCCGAGUACAAUCACUUUACUUUUUGUUCCUGUCUGAAUAACUAGAUUCGAUGACCGUGGGCUACUAUGGGCCUUUUCAUUCCGCCGGCACACGCAUGGGUUGUGAAGCAAAGCAUUGCCAGUUCGACCUUCAGAGAGUCCUAUCCAUCUACCAGACCCGGCCAUAUGUAUCUGUGGUGGUGGUAUGUCAUGUGGCCAUCAUGGGAUGGGACUUUUGUCGUUUCUGCUCGUUCAGCAGAGUCCAAUUCAUACUGCCCGGGCAAUGCAGUGGCUUCAGCCCCAAACCAAGACGGCUGAUUGCAGUGGGCUGUGUCGAGUCAAUCACAUCUGUCACGCUGUCAUAUGACAUGCAAGAUGAUAAAUACUGUGAUAAGGUACAGGGAGAAUGGAGGCAGGGAGGGAGAAUAAAGUAUUAAGUUCAGCCUCAGCCUCAGCCUCAGCCUCACGACUUCCUACGGUAUCAACACCAGUACAGUACCCUCCCUGUACGGGCCACCCAUCAACCAGCUAGGCGUCAGAGUUAUUCUUUCUAGCCCGCAGUGUCCGACACAUUCUGAACCGCUGCAUCUCACCUCGAUUCGAUUCUCACAGUCAUAAUUACCUGAUCAUCAGCAAACAGAAGUCAAGUCUAAUAUCAAUGUCACCAUCUCACAGAGUUGUGGUAUCAAUCUCCACAUUCCGUACCACUGCCCGUGUACCUACCUACCUAUGCACACAAGCACAGACUCACCUCCUCAGUAUAUCCCCGCCCGGGGUGGUGUACCUUAGGCAGUGCAUUGGUUUAUUCCUCUAGUGUACUACCAGUACUAGUACCCGGCCCGAAUGGAACGGCCGCGCGGUCCAAAGAUACAACUA